CACAGAAAGAUGACUUCGAUAUUCGCUUAACAUUCCAACCCUCAAACAGCCCGGACAUGAAUGUUUUAGAUCUUGGUUUUUUUAGAGCACUUCAAUCCUUACAAUAUCAAGAGGCUUCACGUAAUGUGGAUGAGCUGAUUUUUGCUACUCAGAAGGCUUUCAAUGAGAUCUCAAUAGAAAGUCUUGGCAAUGUCUUUUUGACACUUCAACUUUGCAUGAUUGAAGUCAUGAAAAAGCUUGGAGGGAAUAACUAUAAGGUGCCACACAUUAACAAGCAAAGAUUAGAGCGAGAGGGGAUAUUGCCUACAACUAUUUCAUGUGAUUUGGAUGUUCUGA